AUGCACCGCGCCUAUCAUCCGCUGCUCCCACCGAUUGCGAUUUUCUAUCUUGUGUGCUCAUUUGUGGGCGUCGUCGGCAACGGCAUCAUGAUUGUCGCGUUCCUCAAAUUCGGGCGUCUUCGCUCGCCAUGCCACUACAUGAUCACAAUGAACUGCCUUGCCGAUCUCCUUCACGUCAGCGGCCAUGUCGUUUUCGCCUACCACGUCCUUACCGGAGACAGCUGCUCCCAAAAGACAUGCUACUUCAUACAAUUCCUACCAUGUGUUGGAUCAUGCCUUGGAAGUCCGCUGAUCAUGGUUCUCGGAAUCGAUCGAAUGAUCUGCUGCCGAUUCCCGAGGCAAUAUCGCGAUUGUCUCAACGCGCCCUACCGCUAUACGAUCGCCCAAAUGGUCUUCCCGUUCGCGUUCGCAUCGACGUUAAUGUAUAUCGCGUUCAUCGAGAGGGAUCCGAAUUCGGACAACCAAAUCGCGUGCAUCAUUCCGAUGGCGAUGAGGAAUCGAGCAUUCGAAUAUUUCAACUAUGCCGGCGCGUUUGUGAAUCUCACUAUAAUUUGCUUAUACAGCUACACGGCUUAUGUAUUAUGGUGCCAAGAGGAUCAUGAAAAUUUGAAAUUGCGCUCGGUGUUCAAAUCAAUAUUCGCCACAAUGCUAUUCGUGAUGUUCGGCUGGGCGGUGACAUUCAUCGUCAACAACGUGUCGUUCCGAAUCUCGCUGGCCACCGACGUCGCCGGAAUCGUUCAGAUAUACGCCGGCAUUUCGGUGAAUCUCUCGCUCGUUUGCAACGUCUUCAUCUUCUAUUCGAUCAAUUCCGAUUAUCGCAAAUGCAUUCGACGGCUCGUUUUCACGAAAUUUGAGCCCGAUUUCGCACUAUCGGAAAUUCCAACAAUUUUUGUGAAAAAUUGA